AUGGCAAUCUUUGACUGGACGGACUCCAAAACAUGGCCCGCCGCAUUCUCCCACCAACUCAUCAAAGCAGGGUACAUGAUGGAGCCUCAAGUUGCACGACCUUGGGCCCCUAUGAUCGAGUUCUUCGACUUCGCCGUCAGCAAUUGUGUCGAACGAUUUGUUCUUUGCGCUGGUACAACUGCCGAACUAGGGAAGAAUGGGAUGGGUAGGGUGUGGGAUGCUUUCAUCGAGCGGAAAGUUGAAUUCUGUGUGUUAAGGCCGAGUUGGUUCAUGGGCAGGAUCUUUACUGCUUGUCAGGAUGGCCAAAUACCAUUUGUCAUUGCGGAUGACAUCGCUGAUGUCGCUUCCCGUGCUCUCACCAACAGUAUCUCGUAUGAUUGCGAUCUGAGGAUUCUGGGGCCGGAGCUGCUCACAUAUGACGAUGUAGCAGCGAGGUUCUCAGAGGCUCUGGAUCGGCCUAUCGAGCAUGUCAAGCUUGACAAGCAGGGGCGGUAUGAGAACCUGGUCCAGGCUGGUUUGUCAGAGUAUUAUGCGCGAUUCUUCACCAAUACAACUUUGAACAGCGUGGUCGAACAUGUCACUGAGCAUCGUCCGAAAAGCUUUGAUGAAUUCAUCAGGGAGUAUAGGGCCGUGUGGUUGGCUUAG